UUUGCUUUACUCGAAAAAUUAUCGCAAGUCAAAUAUUCCUGAAAUAUUUUAAAACAAGGAUCCGUUAUUAUUACUACUAAUUCAUCUGUUAAUAAUUCAAUCGAGCAAUAAUGCCUCCAAAGCGUGCAGCCCUUGUCAAAUCUCUCCGUGAGGCCUUCCCGGAGGACCGAAGCUUCGCCGAGGUCGAGCGCUGGGGAAGUUCAACCAUCGACGAGUUCAAUGGCCUUUUGCGCGAGCUCCUCCCCGCCCGCGAGGCGAUCUUUCGCGAAACGUACUCCGUCCCCUCCUCCGCGGAAGCCACGCCGGAGAAAUUAUUAAAUUUAUUACACCGCUAUGAGGCCCUUUCGCUGAAAGUGUGGGUCGCCGCAGAGGAGAUUCGAAACAUGAUCGAACUGCGCAUCCCGGAGUUCAAAGAGGAGGACAACCUCGGGGUCGCCGUGCAGGCCGCCGUCCUUUCCAAACUCGACAAAUUUCAGAAUGCUAUCAGCGGGGAUGACGGGGAAAAAGAGGCCGUGAAAUCCGCUGCGGGGAUCUUUUCCUCGAAGAAAUACCUCGCCUCGCGCGCCUCGAUCGAGGAGAAGCUCCUGCCUAAGCCCAAAAAGGCGAGUGAUGAGGAGAAAAAUAAUGCGAAGGGAAAGGACAAAAAUGCUGAGGAUGCUUCGGCGACGGAGGACGUGAAGGCGCCCUCGGCGAUUUUGGAAUUAAAGCAGCUCGACUACGACAUGUUGGUCAAGCUGGAGCUGGGGAUACGACACCUCCAGACGAGGCUCCGCGGCUUUGUGAAUACCUAUGUAUUAAAUUCGAAGAAGCUUAUUCAGCCCCGGACAAAUACUGAUGGGAUGGUGGCAUGAGAAUGAAAAAAGCGGAAAGAACCUUUUAGCAUAGAAUUAUCUAUUUUCUACGUUGUUGUUGUUGUUGUUUCCAUAAAGAUCCCUCCACUCAACCAACAAUUUCUAUGUCCUAUUCCAUAGCUUUAUUGAUCUACUUUUUUGUUUUCGCUAAUAUUAUUAGUGUGGGAGGUAUUUAUGCAUUAUACCGUUUCCUGUACUCUUAUUUUUACCAAUAUUACCACCUUUGAGGCUAGUUCGAAUAGCAUAAAUAAAAAAGAGAAUAAAA